CCAACCAAUGCAGUAGCACAUUCAAAAGAAUUAAACCAGCCUACACAAUAACUAUGAAAACUGUUCAUUUCCUUGUAGCUUUUGUUCUCUUAGCUUCGGCUUCACCACUGGCCUUUGCCUCAGACCCUGGCCCUCUUCAGGAUUUUUGUGUAGCAAUCAACAACACCGGGAAUGGCGUGUUUGUGAACGGGAAGUUCUGCAAGGACCCAAGGCUUGUAACUGCAGAUGACUUCGUCUUUCAAGGGCUUAACAUUCCAAGACCCAUAAACAAUCCAGUUGGUACAACACUUACCCUUGUAAAUGUUGAGCAAUUCCCAGGACUCAACACUCUCAGCGUAGCCUUAGUUCGAAUUGAUUUUGCACCAAAUGGUGGCGAAAACCCACCACACCUUCACCCUCGAGCAUCAGAAAUCUUUCAAGUCCUGGAGGGCACUAUUUUAGCUGGAUUUGUCACAUCGUUCCCAGACUAUAAACUCUUCACAAAAGUCCUCAACAAGGGAGACAUAUUUGUCUUCCCACAAGGAGUAAUUCACUUCCAAGUGAACUUAGGCAAAACUAAUGCAGUCGCCUUUGCUUUUUUUGAAAGCCAGAACCCUGGUAUCAUUAGAGUAGCCGAUGCAGUCUUCGGAUCGAAUCCACCCAUUAAUCCUUUCAUUCUGGCCAGGGCAUUCCAGCUGGAUCCAAAUGUGGUGAAAAAUCUUCAAGCAAAGUUCGGGAAUAACAAUUAAGUCCGCGGUAAGAUAUAAGUAAUAAGAAGUCAUAAAGUAGUUGAUUGUGAUAUGUAUUAAUAAGAUGUUCCUUAUCUGGUUUGCUUGAUAAUAAAGGGCUGCU